AUGCGCAGAGCAACUUUUGCUCAAGUCUGCCAGUGGAUCCGGACAGCAUGGAGUAGUGUAAAAACAUCCUCUAUCACCAACGGGUUUCGAAUGGCUGGACUGUUGCGUGACGAAGAGGACAGCACAAGCUCAAGUGCAACUUUACCUCGAGAUGAAAGUGUCGUUGAGAGCGACAUCGAGAAAGAGACCGAGGACGUGUGUGAUGACGUUUAUCUGAGGCUGUUCAAUUCUGACACUGAAGAAGACGACUUUAGUGAUUUUAGUGCACAGGAGGAGGAUGAAGAUAGUGCAUCCAGCCGAGUGUUGCGGAGGAUGGCAUCCCUCCCCUCCAGGAGUCAGUCACCUGGCUGUGGCACCACUGGAACGGUCUCACCGUCUCGUAUCUCCAUGCGAACAUCCCAAGGCAGUACGUACGACUCGCCAAUCUUGUCUGAGCCCAAACCGCUGGCAGCCAUCUUCCCUGGCACCAGCAUGCCGCCCUCCUGCCUGUCACCGACCUCCCCGAGCGACACCACCCAGGCCCUGGGAAGUUUAGGAGGAGGAGGACGAUUGGGCUCUACCCUCUCUUUGAUCGAGGGGAGGGGUUUGACGGGGUCACUGCUGCGAUCAGGGAUGACGGCGGUGCCGCAGCACUAUGGCUCCACGCUGCCCAGGCAGAGCCAGUCGCUGGCAUAUGGUGCUGAUCCGUACGGCUUGUACCAGAGGAGCGCUCUGCCACGACCCGACAGCCUCAUAGGACUUCACAGCUCAUAUGCCGGUCAUGGAGUGCAGAUAGAUCCAGAGCUGAGGGCGGCCUUGUCUCCAGACUGCCACAUGACGCCCGUUUUCGAUGAACACUCUUUCCAAAGCCCCCUGUUCCACAGCCCCACCCAAGACCCCCAGGGCUCCCUCUACAGGACAAACACAGGUAUGGGGACUCUUCCUCGGACCACAAGCCAUUGCGGCACGCUGCCGUACCAAAGAAGCAGCUUUGGGGUGAGCUCUGCAGCUGCAUUCGCCGACUCCAUCAGGGUGUCCACCGAGCCCGUCUACUCCCACAGACACUCAGCGCUCGUUGACCGAGUCAUCACCCGCACUCCAUCCAUCGAGAGCAUCCAUAAGGACCCGAGGGAGUUUGCGUGGCGCGACCCCGAGCUGCCAGAGGUUAUCCACAUGCUACAGCAUCACUUCCCGUCCGUCCAGGGCAACGCUGCGGCCUACCUGCAGCACCUGUGCUUUGGAGACAACAGGGUCAAGGUGGAGGUGUGUCACUUGGGAGGGAUCCAGCACCUGGUGGACCUGCUGGACCAUAAGGUGUCCGAGGUUCAGAAGAGCGCCUGCGGAGCCCUGAGGAACCUGGUUUAUGGCAAGGCCACCGACAGCAACAAGGUGGCUCUGAGGAACUGCGGCGGCGUGCCUGCCCUGUUGCGCCUCCUCAGGAAAACAACCGACAACGAAGUCCGAGAGCUGGUCACGGGCGUUCUGUGGAACCUGUCCUCGUGUGAUGCAGUGAAGAUGACCAUCAUCCGUGACGCUCUGUCCACUCUGACCAACACAGUCGUGAUCCCCCACUCAGGCUGGAGCAGCGUGUCUCAACACGAUGAGCACAAGGUCAAGUUCCAGUCCUCUUUGCUGCUGCGCAACACCACCGGCUGCCUGAGGAACCUGAGCUCAGCAGGGGAGGAGGCGAGGAGUCAGCUGCGCUGCUGCGAGGGUCUGAUCGACUCGCUGCUGCACAUCCUCCGAGCCUGCGUCAACACCUCCGACUACGACAGCAAGCACGCAGAGCCAUUUUACGACGAACCUGACAGGAAAAAUUACAACAGCUACAGAAUGUACCUGUCGUCCCCACAAGGUUACGGUGAGGACCACUUUGAGGAUGAACCAGUCCACCUGAUCCCAUCCUCACCAGACGGCUUUGUGGGUCAGUCACUCCAGUUCAAAGCUAACACCAACUACGUGGAUUUCUACUCCACUACUCGGAGGCCUUCAAACAGGGCGAAUAAUUUCACCGGCUCCCCCGACUCCUGGGUGUAA